AUACAUGUUCUUUACGUCGUAGGUGUACGAGAUUUUAUCCAUGUAAUGGAUCUGGCGACAGGUCAUGUAGCUGCCCUAAAGAAGCUUGACAAGAACCCUCAUUAUAAGGUGUAUAAUUUAGGAACUGGUCAGGGAGUUACAGUUGCUCAGCUUGUUGAAUGUUUUGAAAAAGUGAGUGGAAAAAAGGUACCUUACCGAAUAACAGAUAGAAGACGUGGAGAUAUACCAGCUAUUUGGGGUGACUGCAGUUUGGCUGAGAAAGAAUUAGGAUGGAAAGCAGAAUAUGGAUUAAAAGAAAUGUGUGAAGACUAUUGGAGAUGGCAGACAUUAAAUCCAGAAGGUUACAGAACAAAUGCGCAAAAUGGAACAACUGAAUGAAUAACUUAACUGUAAUAAAGUAUCCAAAAAAACA